AUGAAGUGGAGAAACCAAACUGUGAUGACUGAAUUUAUACUUGUUGGGUUUUCCAGCAUGCCAAAUGUAGAGCUGCUUCUGUUCCCCCUUCUUUUGGUAAUGUACAUUGCAACGGUGGCAGGGAACAUCCUCAUUAUUGUCAUCACCUUGGUGGACCCUGCCCUCCAGUCACCCAUGUACUUCUUUCUGAGAAACCUGGCUUUCAUUGAGAUCUGCUUCACUUUGGACACAGUUCCCCAAAUGCUGCUCAACCUACUGAUGAAGAACAAAAGUAUCUCCUUUGUUGGUUGUGCCAUUCAAAUGUACUGCUUCUUCCACUUUGGGUGUGCCGAAUGUUUCCUCUUAGCCGCCAUGUCCUAUGACCGCCAUGUUGCCAUCUGCAACCCCCUGCGCUACGCCACUGUCAUGAACAGGACCUUCUGCCACAAGCUGCUGGGUGGAGUCUGGGUGAUUGGAAUUCUGGUCUCACUGCUGCAAUCAGCUUGGAUCUUCAAUCUACCUUUUUGUGGUUACAACAAAGUCAAUCAUUUCUUCUGUGAUGCACCACCGGUAUUGAUGCUAGUCUGUACUGACACCUACCAAUACGAGAUGCAAUCCAUCGGCUCUACGCUGGUGUUCCUGAUGUUCCCUUUUGUGCUCAUCUUGAUCUCCUAUGUCCAUAUCCUAACCACCAUCCUCAAAAUGUCUACAGCCGCGGGUAGAAGCAAGGCCUUCUCUACUUGCUCAUCCCAUCUCAUUGUGGUGACUUUGUCUUAUGGGAGUGGGAGCCUCGUCUAUCUAAGACCCAAAUCCAGCUAUUCACCUGAAGUUAAAAAAAUGCUGUCUCUGCUCUAUACGAUUGUGACACCUAUGCUUAAUCCUAUUGUCUACUCUCUGAAGAACUAUGAAGUCAGGGAAUCCCUUAAAAGAACUCUAGGAGAGAAACUCUUUUUAUAG